AUGCGAACAGAAGACGCAGAUUACAUUCCAAAUCCGGCAUGUUCCCAUCUCCUUUCCGACUACCUUUCGGCUCCACAACCGUCUUACGAGCUUGGCUCGGGCGACUUUGGCCCUGUGUUUGACGGCCUCAGCAACAUGUCAGGGCCAAAUUCGGCAAUGACACACCAGAGCUUACUAGAAACUCCUUUCCAGAGCCUUGAUGCAGGCUCCAGUGUCGACAUGACUUUGCCAUAUAGCGACACAGCCUCAAGCAUGUUCUCCACUCUGCAAACACCAGAUAUGGAUGAUUUUCAGGAAACGGAACAUGCUUUAAAUACUGUGGGAACUUGCCAUCUCGAUUCCAAUACUGAGGAAUUCUGCCAGUUCUGGCUCAAACGUUUCCCGGGCCGGUGGCCGGAGGAGCCAGAAUUUGCCGCGUUCCAACGUUUGACUGGCGUGUCAUCUGGAAAGAUAAAGAGUUGGUUUGUCCAGAAGCUAUUUCAAACCCACACAGCCACAGUAGCAGACUCUGGAGAACCGCCUUCACAGACUUCAGAAGAGCUGAGCCCAAACCCCAUUACACACAUUGAUUUUCUGUCAAAACUUGGCAACCUCUCCAAUAAUGAAACUGGGACUGGUCUUUCGAAAUUCAUCCCCGACGUGCGGCACUGCGUAGCAACUAGGAAUCGCAAUUUACUCGUAAGAGAUGCCGGCCGUCCGUUCCAGUGUACGCAUAAAUGCGGACAGAAGUUCCCGCGCAAGGGCGAAUGGGUGAAGCACGAGCAAAAGAACCAUCCCCAGCGAAUAUGGCUCUGCAUGAUUGGUGCAGAGCUCACAGCCGACGGCAUCCGGAUAUGUUCAUACUGCGGCAUGAAGAACCCGACAAGUUCGCACCUGGCCACACAGCACUGGGGCGACGUAGCAUCGCCCAGCGUAGCAGAUUCGGGGUGUCGGAAGCAGUUUACGAGGAAGGACCAUUAUCUCAUACACCUCAAGUCUGUACACGAGGAAAGAGACAUGGAACACUACGAGCCUAUCAGCCGGGUCGAUCUGCCGGAUAGGCUCAACGGGUGGUACCGGUGGUGCGGCUUCUGCGGCUCGGAAGACUGCUUCGCCCGCUGGAAGGACCGCAUCGAUCAUAUCGGCAGGCAUUUCAAGCACGGAAAGGAUAUGCGUCACUGGCAGGACAUGGAGCCGAGAGCAGCGGAUUUGCCGUGA